AUGGAUGCAUGCAAGAGGCUGCUGAAGCCCGGGGGUAGGCUGGUACCCUGCAGUGCAACAGUCUAUGGCCAGUUGGUGCAUUGCCCCACACUUCGGCAUGGUUUCGGUGCUACCUAUGCCAGUAGCACCUUCAACCUCCAGGGCCUUGGCCACAAGCUGCGAGAGGGAUUCCUGUGCCAGUUCCUGGAAGGCUUGGACCACGCCAUCUUGAGCGAGCCUCAGGAGCUGCUAGAGAUCUGCUUCGACGACCCAGCGAAAAUGCGCCAGCAGCUGGAUGCAUGUGACGUUGCAUCCGUCAGCAUGCAAGCUGCCUGUGCUGGAACGGUCCAUGCAGUGGUUGUUUGGUGGGAUCUCCUCUUGGACAAGUCUGGCAGGCACCGCGUCUCUUCCCGACCUGGCCGAAGCGAGAACCAUUGGCCGCAGGUGCUCUGGCCCGUCUGGGCGAACGCGCACAAGGAAGCCGAGCUUGGGAGGCACGUGUCAGCUGGCGACGUCCUCCAAGUCGAUAUCAAGAUGUUCGAGGAUCGGAUUGAGUGCCGGCCCCGCAGCCCACAGCUGCAGCUUCAGGCGGUGCAAGACUCAGACUCGUGCGAGCUCCCGGCUUCGAACCUCUCUGCGGAAGACCUGCGAUGGCUCAAUGACAGGAGUUUCUGGGAUGGAGUGCAGAAGCAAUCUGCCAGUCUCCUGCCUGAGCGCUGCAGAGAGCCUUGUAUCCUGGAUAUGUCUUCGCUGGUGUUGCCUGCUGCCUUGACGGUUGUCACACGAAGCCUUCCAGAAGGCAUCCGGCCCAAGGCGUACGUUAGCAGCUGCCUCGCAGCGGCCGAGGCUGAGGCUUUCCUCGCAGUCAACGGACUCCGAAGCAAAGGGCGUUUUUGCCAAUGCUCCUCAGCAAACAAUCUGGUCGAGCUGCUCGGGAAUUCUGCUCUUGUUGGAGCUGGUGAUUUGAUUCUGGUUAUUUCGGAUGCCGUGCGGCGUUCUGGCGAGUUGCGGCCCGAUGUCCUCGCGCAGGUUGAGGCAGCCCAUCGGCACUGUACCGCCGCUGGCAAAGAGCUCUCAGUUCUGCCAAAUUCUCUGAGUCUGUCGCUCGCCUUGGUAGAGAGCAUGCCGCUUUCAAGAAGCAGCCGCGUCCAGCAGGGAUCCACCGAUGACUGGCAUGUCGACGUGCGGAGUCUGAACGCGCUUUCCCCAACCACAUUCGAAGCAUUCUCAGAGGCACGGCUGGAUGCGAAGCCGCUGACUUGUGCACACCAAAUCAUACGGCUUCAGCUGUCCAGCCCUUCAUUUCCAUCUCAAAUGAAAGAUCUGGCAGCCGGCAAGAAAUUCAGGCUAGGCCCCGUGCUUGUGGAUGGCACUAUCCACGGCGUGCUUUGCAACUGGUCGUGCCCGCACCCGGAGUCGUGCCCGAACCAGCACCUUCCAGACAAAGGGGAUGAACUCCUCGAAGUUGGCAAAGCAGGUACUGUGUGGCCGGAGACGUUGCCCAGGCACAUUAAGAAAGGCGACCAUGUCGUCGUCGAGAUUCGCACAUUCGCGGCUCAUGGAAUCCUCGUGACGCCACUGGAAGUUCAGCGAGGUGACAGGGAAAGGAGGCAACCGCAGCAGUGA